AUGGCCAAGGUUGUAGCUAGUUCGGCAGGUCGAGCGCUGGGUCUACCGAUUUCUAAAUUCAAGUCCAUGGGCGGUAUGCACUACACCACAUACAGGAAACUCUUUGACGCCAUGGUCGGAGCAGCGAUUUGGGCGACCUCAAACUCUACAUACGCAACGACUAUACAAAACAGAGCUAUGAAAUUCUAUAUGGAAGUGCGGAAAUCUACCCCCAACGCUGCAGUGACAGGCGACAUGGGAUGGACACCUACACCAGCAACACCCGCGGGACAUGGUCAGUGUGUGAUGUAUGGCAUGUGUGGGGUGAACCCAAACACUGGGAAGCCCGUUCCCUGUGCAUACACCGGACCCCCCAAACCCCUCACUGACCCCACUGCAAGGCGUGUUUUAGAAGAAAGGUGUCCGGACUUUUCUCAUGACACAAGCACGUGCUGUGACGCUCAUCAGCUGUCUUGGCUCCAGUCCAUGCUGACAGUGCCGGAUCAGAUCCUGGGAAACUGUCCAGCAUGCAACUACAACUUCAGGAACGUCUUCUGCAACAUGGUGUGUAGUCCCAAACAGAGCGACUUUGUCACCGUCACCAGUACUUCCUCCCAGUCGGUCACGGCCAUAAAAUACGACGUCACUACGACCUUCGCCGACGGCAUGUACAAAUCGUGCAAGGACGUCACUAUGCCAUCUCCCGGUGGUAACGCCCUUGGUUUUUCGUGUGGUUGGCCCGCAGAUGAAUGCUCCCCAAAAAGGCUACUUUAUUAUCUCGGCAACGUACGAAAUGGUCAAUCAGCUUUCUCGAUCAAGUUCGAUGUAACUGAAUCUCCAGACGCGUUGCCGAGCGGAGUUACCUUGUACCCUAUGAACGCAACAACUAUUCCAUGUUCCUCCCCUGUGGGCAAAAGAAGCAGAUGUUCCUGUCGUGACUGCGGGGCUGUUCCAUCUCCCACCACAACCGUUGCCCCGAAUCCCUGUACAAAGAGCCAAAAGGGUGGUAUUCAAAAAGCCCCGGGGUAUGCGAGUCUGCACCUGUUGAUCCAGAGACUGGGCAACCACUCAAGGAUACAGGAUUUCUACCCUCCCCCAAGUCUGCAGAGCAUCAUGUUCCAAGCAGUCUUCGAGAAAGCCUCCCUGCAUCAGGUCAGUUGGAUACUCCUAAUCAGUUUUGUUGGGCCAAAUGUGUAA